AUGACCACUGGCCAAGGUUUAUUCAGAGAUGACAACCUUAUGUUAAUGCACCGAGAAGGUUACGUUGAAGAAUGCUAUUUUUCAUACACCUUAAGUCCAAUAUUUGAAGCUGAUGGCUCCGUUAAUGGAGUCUUUAAUGCCGUACAGGAGACCACUCAAAGAAUAUUGGCCACAAGGAGAUUAAAAACCCUUGGUGAAUUGGGCAAUCGUACCCCAGGUGCUAAAACUAUCGAAAGUUCAUGCCAUAUGGUAGCUACAACGUUACGAGAUAACAAUGAAGAUAUACCAUUUGCCAUUAUCUAUUUAAUUGAAUCUGAUGAAUCAAAUAAUAAAUCUCGAAUAGCUCGUCUUAUUUCUACAACUUAUGAUGAAGGUCUUGAAAUUAUUAAAGGUGCUGAUGGUGUUGAUGAAUUUCUUAUUUCUAGUAAUGUCCAGGCAACCUCUAUUCAUGACAUUUCAUUUUAUCUACAACAAGUUGUACGUACAGGAGAGCAUGAAAUUAUCACCUUAAGUAAUGGUUCUAAGGCAAUUUUGUUACCAGUGGCUACUUCUACAGGAAAGAAUGUUUUAACUUCUGUUAUGAUAUGUGGAAUUAAUCCAAGAAGAGCUCUUGAUCCUGGUGGUAGGACACGUAAGUUCAAGUAUGACACAUGUGAUGAUGAUGAUAAAGCUGCUUUAUCUCAUGAUGCUCAAUUAUUUAAUAGCCGAGAAUUGUACCUUGAAGAAUCUCAUCAAUGGAUUCAAACUAAACAAAGACCUGAUUAUGAUGAUAAUGAUCCUGAUGUUGUGAUGCAAGGUGAAGGUGACAAAGAUGCUAUGGAUAUUGAUGACGAUUUUGAAGCUGAUUUAGGAAAAAGAAUGUCAAUGAGUAGUAUUGACGAUGAAAAGACUAAAAAAUAUCAGUUUCCAUUUGAUGAUGUUUCUAAUCAAACCUUUGCGAAUCAUGAAAUUAUGGCUUAUGCAGCAGCAGAUCCAAAUGAACAAAAUAUGAAAGGUUUAAAAUUCCAAUACACAUAUGGAGGUGAUAUUCAAGCUGAAGCUGAAGCUGCUGCCGCGGCAAGUAGUGAGAGUAUUAAGCCACUUUUAGAACAUAUAAUUAAAGAUUCAUUGGAUUAUAGUCGAGAAACAGACGUUACCGUUGUUCUUAAAGUCUCAUUAGAUGAACUUGAUGGAGAAAGUAGUACAAGUGAUGAAAAUGUCAAAAAAGGAAAAUUAUGUGUGGAAGUAAUUGAUUCUGGAAUUGGGUAUUUAUUUAUUCAUAACUUUUUUAUAGUUACUUAUACCGAUAUGAUCCAUUCAUCUGGACGUUCUAAACGCGUUUUGAUCGUAGAUUACUCGUUCUUGUCCCGCCAAACAUUGGUUAAAUUGGUGGAAGGUAGCGUUGAAAGAGUAAACCCGUUUAGCUCAUGUGAAGAAUGUAUAACAGCUGUAAAAGCAUGGAGGGAACAGUAUAAAGACGAAGCUUUAUAUGAUAUCGUAUUUUUCAAUGUUCGUGAAAAUAAUUCUGAGGAAAUUAAAAAUGCUGCCAAGGAACUACGCAGAAUUUGUGAUGAUAAUUUAUGUAUCGUCUUAAUUGUGUUUUGGUCAGCAAAUGGUAGGGCAUUAGGACAAAAUCUAGUUCAAGAAAUUGGUGGUAAAACAUGCAUAAUUUGUAAGCCAGUGAUGCAAAAACGCUUGCUUCAUUGCCUUUUCUCAAAAGAUUUUGUAUCUGAACCUUACGCUCCGUCAAUACAAAAUGAAUACUAUAGUUCAGUUAAACCUUUAGCUGACUUGAGAAUUGAAGAUUUUUACCGUAAUAAUAGACCUCCAUUUAGUGAAGAGAAAGAUUUAACAACUGCAAAAGAGUCAUCUAGUGCGGAGAAAAGUCAAUUGAUUGUAACUAGUGAAGAAACUGCGAAAUCUAGUGUUGAAAAGAUGGAGAGUGAUGACUUGCCUAAAGUGUAUGUACCAGAUGAAUCAACGAUCAAAGGUAAAGGCAAAAGUGUUGAGCCAACACAAUUAGGAGUGAAAAGAACGGCAAAUGAUGAAGUAGGAAACACUUCAGCUUCAAAUGAUGAUCGUGCGUCAAAAUACAGAUUUAGACCUGUUUCCAAAUCGAAAUGUAUUUUAUGUGUGGAAGAUAAUCCCAUAAACUUGAAAGUUAUUCAACAUCAACUUUCAAAACUUGGAUAUCCAUCAUUGUGUGCCACAAAUGGUCAAGAAGCUGUAAAUUUAAUAGAAUCUGAGUAUUCAAAUUAUACUUCGACUUCUGAAGAUUCUAACCCUGGAAGAAUUUCUUUAAUUUUGAUGGAUUGUGCUAUGCCAAUAAUGUCAGGAUUUGAUGCAUCCAGAGCAAUAAGAGCCAUGAAUACACCGAUAUCUAAUGUUCCAAUUAUCGCUUUGACUGCUUCGGCUGUUCAGGGUACGAAAGAACAAUGCUUAGAAUCGGGUAUGAAUGAUUAUCUUACUAAGCCAUUGAAAAUUGCAAAGCUUAAGGAAAUGCUAGAACAGUGGCUUGGUACCAACGAAUCGAAUGAGUAA